AUGGCCAACAACACUCACACCGAUGACUUAGACGAGCUUCUCGAUAGCGCCUUGGAUGAUUUCAAGGAUCUCAAUCUUACUCAAAGUGUGAAAAAAGAAGAGGGUGAUGGGAAAAAGACAGAGCCAUUGCCUAGUGGUGUUCAAGGUCUUGGAAUGGGAUUACCAGAUAUGUCAAGUAAGAAGAAAGGAAAGCACAAGGUUGCUAAAGAAGACCAUGUUACAGAGGCUCUUGGUAAACUCAGGGAACAAACCAGAGAAACUGUCAAAGGACUUGACUCCUUGUCAUCCAAGAAGCAACCUACGGGUCCUGAUGAUGCAAUGGUCGAAGAUUGGAUCAAGCAAUUCGAGGAUCUUACUAGCUCUCAGGACUUGGAGUCAAUAGUUGACACGAUGAUGCAACAGCUAUUAUCGAAGGAUAUUCUUCACGAACCAAUGAAAGAGAUUGGCGCAAGAUACCCGAAAUGGCUAGAAGAGCAUGAAACCAGUUUAAACAAAGAAGAAUACAAACGUUAUUCGCGUCAAUAUGAACUAAUCAAAGAACUCAACUUGGUGUAUGAGAACGAACCAAAUAAUUCGACCAAGAUAAUGGAGAUUAUGCAGAAGAUGCAAGAGUGUGGACAACCACCGAGUGAUAUAGUGCAAGAGAUGGAUCCUGGCUUUGACUUUGCAAGUCUAGGACAAAUGUCUCCAGAGAUGCUUGAGUCUUCACCAAAUUGUUGUGUAAUGUGA